UCGUAACACUGCUCCGUGAUUCACUUACACGAUUUACUCGGAAUCGCAUCACAUCUCAUUAUCCUAUAAUUACUUACGUUAAUCGCUUAUCAUUCGCUGUUUACUACUCCGAUACACUCUUAAAAUAAUACCUAGCUUUUUAACAAUAAACAAAAAACUGCUCGCAAAUUCCGUAUCCGGAGUAAAAAGACAGUGUUUAAAAUUAGAUACGUGUGAAGUGUAGAAUGAGUGGCCGAGUAUAAUGCGGUGCGGAGUGAGGGAAACAGUAGCAGAGUGUGCGUCAAGUUGGCGGUGGCGGUGAGUGUGAAGCGCGUCCAGCGUGGCGGAGAGUGCGAGUGGCGGACGCGAAGCGGGCAUGGGUGGGGCGGGAUGGGCGCGCGACGCGCCCGCUCUGCUGAGCACGGCGCUGCUGCUGGGCGGCGGCGGCGCGCUGUCGGACCGGCCGCCGCCGCCGCUCUUCACCAUCGACAGCAUCCUGGCGCCGCGCCCGCCGCCGCCGCUCCCACCGCUGCAGCUGCAUCACCUAGCACACACGCCGUUUCAUAGGGCACAUGAACUCUUUGGUGUUAGCAACGCAGUGACAAAUGCCAGCAACUAUGCAAAUUUGUACGGCGGAUACGCGGCUGCGGCGCUGGCUGGUCUAUCAGGCCCUCCCCCCAAACGCAAGCGCCGACAUCGAACAAUCUUCACUGAGGAACAAUUGGAGCAAUUAGAGAGCACAUUCGAUAAAACACACUAUCCAGAUGUCGUGCUGAGAGAGCAACUGGCGUUGCGAGUCGACCUAAAAGAAGAAAGAGUUGAGGUUUGGUUCAAGAAUCGUAGGGCCAAGUGGCGUAAACAAAAGCGUGAAGAACAAGAGAGGCUUCGCAAAUUACAAGAGGAGCGUGCCUGUGGUCGCGCCCUUGUCCAGCAAAGGUCUCAUAUGGCGUCGCCCGUGCGACCGCCGCCCGCCCCACCUACACCGCGACCAUACACCGAUGAGUCUGAAGACUCUGACCUAGAAGUCGCUUAAGUGAUAUAUGAUACCUAUAUCAUAGCUAAGCAGUGAGAAGACUCGUAAAUUAGACAAAAACAGUUUCAGUUCAAGGGUUGAAAGACUUGUGAGAUAAAGACUACAAAGUUGUGAUGGUGUAAACUGAUCGUUGUCGAGUAUGGUGGAUAUUUUAUUUCUAGAAACAUUUGCAAUUUAUUUGCUUAUCUAUGUAGAAAUUUUGUAUUAUUUAUAUAACUGUUAAUAUUACAUAAACUUGUAGACUAUAGUUAGUUAAUAUAAGCUCUUGUAAUUAUUUUAAUCUAUACUUUUUUAUUUAUAAGUAUAUCCGAGAAGGUAAUAUUAACACGCAAAGUACCUAUAGUCUACGACACACGUGACUUAAAUAUCUCUAUCUUGAGAUAUAAAUUAUACAUACAUCAAUAUAAAACAGGUGUUGAAGAAUGAUCAUUAUUUAUAGCCUUUAUUUAUAUAAGAAUAUGUAGAAAGAAGUGGAUUAAGAUAUUAAUUUACAUAAGUACCAAUGUAAUUAAUUACCUAGAAAUUUAUUUUGACCUACAAUGCGAUUUAAAUAAAAUCUCCAAUGUACAGCUUUAAAUAAACUUUGGAUAAUUAUCUUUUAGUGUAGACAACACAUAAUAUCUACAAUAACUUUACAUGCAUUCUAAUAAAAUACAGUAAAAUUCUGAAUGACUUAUAAUGUUACUGAAUAAAUUGAUAACAGUGCACUAUUCGAAAUGAUAAUAUAACAAAUUAACUUGUUAAAAUUAUUCAACUUCGUCAAAGUAGACAUUGUAGCUAGAUCUUAAUUAAUUAAAUGAAUAACCUUUACUGCUGUAUAAUAAUAAAAUAUGCUUAGAACGUGGACUGCUGACUGGUAAUACGAAUUGGGAGGCUGAGAUUCAUACAUACAUACUUUUUGUCCUUACUGAUGAAGGCAGAUGUCAUGGUCAUUUCAUAUUGUAGCGUUCUUAAAAUUAUAGGAUAUUUUAUUUAUGUGUUCUGACCUGUAUACAUGGGUGAUUAUUAUAAAAAUGAAAAAUAAAUCAAUUUCUUUAAUAAUGAAGUUUAUAAGUGAGUCGAUGAUGUUUCUAGUUUGUCUAAUUUUUACCGGAUUUAUACUUCCUUAUAUUUAUUGUUUCCUUCGCCGAAAUUCGUGUUGCUAGAUAUAUGCAUGUUUCUACCGUUAAAACUACAAUAGUGCUGUUUGAUCUUCGUAAAAUUGCAAUAAUAAUACGAUGGUAUUGUACGUUGUGCGUACAUUCGU